UUCAAAUUUGCCCCGUCUGGCUACACUGGAAGAGGCGAAAAGCAUCGCUAGGGUUUCCUCCGAUUUUCCAUUUGAUCGAUACCGUUCCUAAUCGCGAUCUCAGUUUAUUGAUCUAGUGAUCGGGUUCUGCUUUGUCUCUCGAGGGAGUCCCGGGGGUGCAAAGUAUGAAAACCCAAUUUCAGCUCAGUUUCUUAAGAUCCGAGCACUGAGAACGAUUUCCUUAUUGUCAAUCGCUGUUUAUGAAGAGUCAUAUCAUCAACAUCAUCCCAAUGGAAGCAACACGGAGUGUAAAAUGAGGUGCAAUGCAUGCUGGCGGGAGUUGGAAGGUCAGGCGGUUUCAACAACCUGUGGCCACCUUUUGUGCACAGAAGAUGCUGGAAAGAUACUUAACAAUGAUGGUGCAUGCCCAAUUUGUGAUCAGGUUCUCUCCAGGAGUCACUUGCGACCGGUGGAUAUCAAUCCAAGUGAUGAAUGGACAAAUAUGUCAAUGGCUGGAGUAUCUCCACAGAUACUCAUGAAGAGUGCAUACCGUAGUGUUAUGUUCUACAUUGGACAAAAGGAGCUAGAGAUGCAGUACAAAAUGAACAAAAUUGUUGGUCAAUGCAAGCAGAAAUGCGAAUCCAUGCAGGAGAAGUUCACCGAAAAGCUGGAGCAAGUGCACACUGCUUAUCAAAAGAUGUCUAAACGAUGCCAGAUGAUGGAGCAAGAAAUUGCAAGUCUAACAAAAGAUAAGCAAGAACUCCAAGAAAAGUACGCCGAGAAAUCCAGGCAGAAGAGAAAACUUGACGAGAUGUACGAUCAAUUGAGGAGCGAAUAUGAGUCCAUGAAGCGUUCUGCAAUCCAACCUGCAAGCAAUUUCUUUCCAAGAGCUCAGCCAGACUUGUUCUCCAGUAUGGCCAAUAUGAUGGAUGGCAGAGAUCCUACCAGACAAGGACAAAGAGAGGAGAUUUGGCCUUCAGUGAGACAGAAGAAUUCCAGUGCUGCUCCAUUUGAUCUUUCUGAGGGAUCGCCAGUAAAGAUGGCAGCAGUUCCUGUAGAUGGUAGAGCUAGCAGGCCUACACGCCCAAUAUUUGGAGCGGGUGUCAGCAAUCCUGCUGCAACUUUGCGUAAUCUCAUUAUCUCUCCUAUGAAGAGGCCCCAAUUAUCACGUAAUCGCUCCAAUUUGUUCACGUUAUAAGAUGGAAGAAAGGCAACUCGUUACUGGUUCUAGACUUAAAAGCCAGUAAUAAAUUUUCUUCUUCUUUCUUCUUCUC